UCAAUUCUGAUUACAUGAAGCUGCUUUGACAGAGAAGGGAACUUCGCCACCGUAGUUUUCGCGCCAAUCAAGUUUGGUUCGCUGCCAAAAUGCCCGUUCCAGAAGCGCUGAAAGAUAGUCCGCAUCAUAGAUACCUAGAAGUUGCCAUAGAUGCAGCUGUCGCGGCAGGGGAUGUAAUCAAGGGCAGCUUCAAGGGCCCCAAGCAGGUGGAGGAGAAGCUCAACCACGCAGACCUGGUGACUGCCACGGACAAGGCGGCAGAGGACUUGAUCUUCGGCCGCAUCCGCGCCGCCUUCCCCGACCACGCCUUUAUCGGCGAGGAGUCGGCGGCGGCGGCGGGCGGCGCGGCGGCGCUCACUGACGCGCCCACAUGGAUGGUGGACCCUCUGGAUGGCACCACCAACUUCGUGCAUGGCUUCCCCUUCGUCUGCACUAGCAUCGCGCUGGUGGUCGGGCGGCGUGUGGUGGUGGGCGUGGUGUACAACCCGGUGCUGGGGGAGUUGUUCGCUGCGGCGGCGGGCGGCGGCGCCUGCCUCAACGGCGCGCCACUGGCCACGUCCGCCGCCACAGAGCUGGCGGGGGCGCUCAUGGGCACGGAGGUGGGCACGGCACGCGACGAGGAGACGGUGGAUUCGACAUUCGGCCGCGUCCGCGCCCUCACCUCCAAGAUGCGGAGUGUGCGCUGCGGCGGCAGCUGCGCGCUGGGGCUGUGCAACGUCGCGGCGGGCCGGCUGGACGCCUUCUAUGAGAUCAACUUUGGCGGCUGCUGGGACUCGGCCGCCGGCGCGCUCAUGGUGUCGGAGGCGGGAGGCACGGUGCUGGACCCCGCGGGGGGGCCCUGGGACGUCAUGUCGCGGCGGGUGUUGGCGGCAGGCACGCGCCAGUUGGGGGAGGCGGUGGCGGCGGUGCUGGCGGGCUGCAAGCUCAGCAGCAGAGAGGUGGGGCCGCCGCCGGCGGGCGGCGUCGUGUCGUUGGAGCGGCAGGAGGCGGCCGCGGCGGCGGCGGCGAAGGCGCAAGAGUAGGCGGGCUUGAGGAAGAAAGUGAAUGGAGGAGGAGGAGGUGGAGGAGGCUGGGGGCGGGCCCCGACGCGGCGCGAGCUUGAACUGUGCAGCAGUGAGCGGUUGAGGACGCGUGCGUCUUUCGGACUUUCGGGAACCUAGUGAUUCGGGAUAUGUCGUGUUUGUCUGUCUGUUUGACGUGCUGAGCAGUGCGUGACAUAACGUGCCCCGUGAGAUGUGAGGUGGUCUAGCGUGAAGCCGGCCGCUUACGUGCCGUGUGGGGGCACGGGGCCUUGGAGGGCCGUUGUGCUGUUGUUGGGUCCUGGCCCAGCCAUGUAAGGAUGGCGUAAUCCGCAGCAAUGAAUGCCAGAAACGGAGUUGAAAUACUCGCAUCAAUC